CAACUUCUACGCCGUUCAACCGAUCGCCAUGGGUGAAGAGGAGAUUAUAGGUCAUUGACAUUCUGACAGUAAUUGUGUGUCCCUUCUCUAUGUCCGCCACACUGUCAUAUAGCACUAUCACCCUGUGUUCAGCCUGGGCAACGCCGUGUAUGGCAGCUAUGAAUAACUAUUCUUUUAUUACAUUUGUAUCACACACAACUAAACUAUCUUUGGAAGUCUUACAUGACCAUUAUUUAUACAAUAUCUAUUUUGCUAUAACUCAAAGAACACAUAGCUUAGCAACAAAUUAUAACAAAUACUAAUUGUGACUGUGAUUAGUUAUCGGUGAGUAAGUUUAAUAACAAAUAAUGAUUUUGAUUAAUAAUUGGUAAGCAAGUGUAAAAUUUAAGUGAUAUUCUUGUAAUUGUAGGCAAACAACAUUUGUGUCACAUGCAAUUAAACAAUUUUUGGAUAUCUUAUCUGUCAAUAAACAUUAAAUACUAGCGAUUAUUUGAAAGUAAAUUAAAUAUACACAGGCAGGACAUCUGCCAGGUUUUGCAAGUAAUACAUAAAAAUAAAAGUAAAAAUAAUGUAAGCAACAAUCAAAUUGAACGAAAUGAAAAAAAAAAAAAAAAGUUAAAAUUAACAUUUUGCAGCUUUGUCAAAUCAAAGUAAGCUAUCAUCAUAAACUGAGGGACUCUGCGAGACCAGUUCUUCCAGGGGGGCGACAGAAUUGUAUCCCCUUGGAAAGGGUACCUUUCAGGAUUUUCUGUACAAUGACACAGCAGAAAAUAAACUGGAAAGGUACCCUUUCCGAUUUCUUAAAAUUCAUAUUAUUUUCUGCUUUAAAAUUGUGAAAGUUAUCCCCUCUAACCUAACCUUACAGGGUGGCCAGCCAACCGGGAAAUCGGGAAAUACGGGAAAUAGCCAGGAUUUCUUAAAAAAACCAGGAAUACCUGGAAUCAACCAGGAAUUUUUAUUAGAACCGGGAAUUUUUUUUAUGAAGUAACGAUCACAAUAACAUACGGCUGUUAAAUGAGCACGUUCACCACCCGUCGAAGCACGACAGUGUGCUCGUGUGCUAUAUUUUGUGAAAGUUAAUUUGUUCAUAUUGCAUUUAAAAACUUUUGUAGUACGUAAGAAACCGUUAACAAUUCAGACUUCCAUACUUAUUAUGUUUCUGUAUUCAAAAGCAACAGCAUUUUGGCUGAAAAUGUUGUUGUAGGAUGGUAGUAAUUUCUCGCACGGCAUGUUGGUAGCACUAGUUUUGUAUGUAUAUUUGUUUUUACUUUGCGCUCAUGUUGUUGCGUCACGGUAUCACGGAUACUUUUCUCGAGUUUUUUUUUAAAGUUUAGUUGUGCGGGACGUUGUUUUGAAUCUUUUAAUCUAACAUGUAAUUGGCGCAGACUAUCAAAAUGUCAACGAGUUCGGUCACCACAUACAAUGACAAAUGUACGGAAGAGUUUGAAUGGGUGGAGAAAGAUCCAAAGUGCGGGACGAACGCUAUUUGCAAUUUCUGUAAUCUUAAAAUCUAUAUCGGUAGCAUGGAUGGGAAGAACAGCAUUAGCCAGCCACGCAAGAGGGGCAAAACACUACCAAAUUAUGAAUAUAUUUUGGUGGAGAAGAAAGGGGAAAAGCAGAAUGUGGCACUCAUCACCUUGAACCGACCGAAAGCCCUGAAUGCAUUGUGCGACGGGCUGAUGAAAGAAGUUGGCGAUGCUGUUUCUCGUUUUGAGGAAGACAAGUCUGUUGGAGCCCUUGUCAUCACGGGGAGCGAGAAGGCCUUUGCUGCAGGUAUUGUUGUUAGUUGCUGUAGUGCGACUGGACCGGAGUGGUGCGACUGGACCGGAGUGGUGCGACUGGACCGGAGUGGUGCGACUGGACCGGAGUGGUGCGACUGGACCGGAGUGGUGCGACUGGACCCGAGUGGUGCGACUGGACCGGAGUGGUGCGACUGGACCCGAGUGGUGCGACUGGACCCGAGUGGUGCGACUGGACCCGAGUGGUGCGACUGGACCGGAGUGGUGCGACUGGACCGGAGUGGUGCGACUGGACCGGAGUGGUGCGACUGGACCCGAGUGGUGCGACUGGACCGGAGUGGUGCGACUGGACCCGAGUGGUGCGACUGGACCCGAGUGGUGCGACUGGACCCGAGUGGUGCGACUGGACCCGAGUGGUGCGACUGGACCGGAGUGGUGCGACUGGACCGGAGUGGUGCGACUGGACCGGAGUGGUGCGACUGGACCGGAGUGGUGCGACUGGACCCGAGUGGUGCGACUGGACCGGAGUGGUGCGACUGGACCCGAGUGGUGCGACUGGACCCGAGUGGUGCGACUGGACCCGAGUGGUGCGACUGGACCGGAGUGGUGCGACUGGACCCGAGUGGUGCGACUGGACCCGAGUGGUGCGACUGGACCGGAGUGGUGCGACUGGACCCGAGUGGUGCGACUGGACCCGAGUGGUGCGACUGGACCCGAGUGGUGCGACUGGACCCGAGUGGUGCGACUGGACCCGAGUGGUGCGACUGGACCCGAGUGGUGCGACUGGACCCGAGUGGUGCGACUGGACCCGAGUGGUGCGACUGGACCCGAGUGGUGCGACUGGACCCGAGUGGUGCGACUGGACCCGAGUGGUGCGACUGGACCCGAGUGGUGCGACUGGACCCGAGUGGUGCGACUGGACCCGAGUGGUGCGACUGGACCCGAGUGGUGCGACUGGACCCGAGUGGUGCGACUGGACCCGAGUGGUGCGACUGGACCCGAGUGGUGCGACUGGACCCGAGUGGUGCGACUGGACCCGAGUGGUGCGACUGGACCCGAGUGGUGCGACUGGACCCGAGUGGUGCGACUGGACCGGAGUGGUGCGACUGGACCGGAGUGGUGCGACUGGACCGGAGUGGUGCGACUGGACCGGAGUGGUGCGACUGGACCGGAGUGGUGCGACUGGACCGGAGUGGUGCGACUGGACCGGAGUGGUGCGACUGGACCGGAGUGGUGCGACUGGACCGGAGUGGUGCGACUGGACCGGAGUGGUGCGACUGGACCGGAGUGGUGCGACUGGACCCGAGUGGUGCGACUGGACCCGAGUGGUGCGACUGGACCCGAGUGGUGCUACUGGACCGGAGUGGUGCGACUGGACCGGAGUGGUGCGACUGGACCGGAGUGGUGCGACUGGACCGGAGUGGUGCGACUGGACCGGAGUGGUGCGACUGGACCGGAGUGGUGCGACUGGACCGGAGUGGUGCGACUGGACCGGAGUGGUGCGACUGGACCGGAGUGGUGCGACUGGACCCGAGUGGUGCGACUGGACCCGAGUGGUGCGACUGGACCCGAGUGGUGCGACUGGACCCGAGUGGUGCGACUGGACCCGAGUGGUGCGACUGGACCCGAGUGGUGCGACUGGACCGGAGUGGUGCGACUGGACCGGAGUGGUGCUACUGGACCGGAGUGGUGCGACUGGACCGGAGUGGUGCGACUGGACCCGAGUGGUGCGACUGGACCCGAGUGGUGCGACUGGACCCGAGUGGUGCGACUGGACCCGAGUGGUGCGACUGGACCCGAGUGGUGCGACUGGACCCGAGUGGUGCGACUCAACCUAUGGCCUGUCGCUGAUUUGCUGGACCAGCAAGCUUGCAGAGUCAAAUCUUGCAGAGUCAAAUCUUGCCAUUUAUACUGUAGAUUUAUUACAUUUUAUGGUAACAAUUUUUUACACCUAAUAUUUUCUAUACCUAUAACAAUUCAGCAUCCAUAUGUUUGUGCUCGCAAAACUUGCAAAGUAGUGGGUCGAAUGACUGAAAUUUUGACACAACAUUAAAUUUCAAUACGCUAUUGUUUUUAUAUUAAAAUUAAAAAAAAAAGAAGUGAAUUUUUCAAUUUACAGUUUGUUUACCUGGUCAUAACCGGUGAUGACAUGUCAAAACAAUUACCCAUUACGUUUUUUUGAUAUGAAAACUUGUAAACAUGCAUUAUAAAAAACUAUUAAGUAACAUAGCUCAUGAAAUUAUUAUACAAAAACAUCAAAGUAACUGUUUACCUGUAAGCAAAACCUGUAUCAUCACUUUAUUUAUAUUAUAGAAAAUUCUUAAGCUUCUUGUACCAAUUUUACAUACUGCUGUUUGGUUUCGAAACAAAAUUUACACAUCACUUUCAUUCUGCGUAUUCGGAGGCUUGUGCAUGCCUGUAGCUUUUUUAACCUUGUUGUGUGCCUUUGAUUACUGUCCAAACUAUAAACCUUAACUUCUCUUACACCUGUAGUUAGUUUGUCAACACACACACUGUUGACACCUCCCCACCUGCACCAAUGCAAAAGUCUGUUUCCACUUUCUUCCAUACACAACUUAUACUUCGUGAAGUUUUUCCCACCACUUCACCAUAAAAUGUCUUUGUGCUUACUUUACUUGCAUUACCCACCUGUAUGUUUACAUUCUUGACACUGUAAAACAUCUUUCCUAUAGAAAGUUUACUAUGUUAUUGUAUUUAUUGAUUUUCUUUUUUUUUUAAAGUAAAAUUUGAAGUUUCACCAUAUAAUGAAUGCUUUUCUACAGGUAAUAAUUAUGCCAGAUUGAAAAAUAUUGAAAUUCUGUGAUGCUGUCAAAAACAAAUAUGCAAUUAACUGUUAGAUUAACUUUAAAGAUAUUAACAAAAAAAAAUAAUAAAAAGAAA